UCGCGGUUGGGAGCGUACAGUGAGUCGCACGCCCCCUUUGUCCAGAGGGGAAACUGAGGCCCGGCGAGGUCAGGGGGCCGGUGGGUUCUGCGAGGAUCGGGUUUCCUCCUUUCCUCCCCCAUCAGAGCCUGGCUGCUUCAUCCGUCCAUUCAUCUAUCCGCCCACUCACCCACCCAGCUUGCCAGCCAACCCCUGCGGGGCAGCUAUGGUCAGGGCCAGUUUGAGGAGAGUGUUGAGCUGUGGGGCUUCAGGGCUUUCCCUGGAAGUGGGGAGAGGUGGGAGGGUGUUCCCUGCUGAGGGGACGCUGGCGUGACUGGGUUGGGGCGAGGAGUUCACUUUUCUGAGAACUGAUAGAUUCAUGGAUAGGAAGUGGGGAAGAUAAGGAUGGACAGAGGGCCGAGGCCAGACCUGCUGGGUCUUGUGGGCUGAGGUGGGGGGUGUGGUCUCCAUCUGGGGCAGUGGUGAGCCCUGGGAGGGUUUGGAGCAGGAAGGGACAUCCCAGGUGUUUUUGGACAAAGAUCCCUAUGGCCUUUCCUCUUUGCCCCAUGCAGUUCAGAGGAUAGAAACCCUAAGAUGUGAUGGGCUUGUGCCCUUUUCAGGGGAGAUCCAUGACCCCGUGAACUUUAAUCACCUGGCCUGUUUAUAUCUUUCACCUUCUCCCUGGAACAAGUAAAUCGGCUCCCCCAGCUGAAGUCACAUCUUAACCCUGAUGACACUGGCACCUCCAUCUCCAAGUCAGUCCUGAGUGUCCGAUUCCUUCUGGGUGUCUCCAGACAGACUUAUCUUUCUGGGCUCCCCCACCUCUCACCUCCCACAUUCCUCAUAUCACUCUGGGUCAGUCUAUCUAUUGAGUACCUACUGCGUGUCUGGCAGUUCAGGGCACGGAAGAUCCAAAAGGGAGCAAAACAGAAGCAGGUUUCCAUUUCCUCUCUGCCCUCAUGGAGCUGAGUCUAAGGGGAGAGAGGGAUCCUGAACAGGUAACAAAUCAUCAAGAUGAUUUCAGGGGAUGACAAGUGCUGAGAAGGAGAAAAGUUCUGCAGGCCUGUGCCGGCCACCCUCUCUCCCGCUGCAGGCCCAGGGAGGGCCAUGAAGGUGCUGCUCCUCGCGGGGCUGGGAGCCCUGUUCUUUGCCUAUUAUUGGGAUGACAACUUUGACUCAGCCAGCCUCCAGGGAGCCCGUGUGCUGCUGACUGGAGCCAGUGUGGGUGUCGGGGAGGAGCUGGCAUAUCACUACGCGCGCCUGGGCUCCCACCUGGUGCUCACUGCCCACACCGAGGCUCUCCUGCAGAAGGUGGUAGGGAACUGCCGGAAGCUGGGCGCUCCCAAGGUCUUCUACAUCGCUGCGGACAUGGCCUCCCCUGAGGUGCCCGAGCGCGUGGUGCAGUUUGCGCUGGACAAGCUGGGCUCCGCCCUCUUGACCUUGGCUCCACCCCGGGCUGGUGUUUCCCCCUCUUCCAUUCGGAACUCCGCCCCAGUCCUAGAGCCCCGCCCCUACAUACCAAGGCCCGGCCCCCAGGCUCUAGGCUCCGCCCCUGCCCCUUCUGGCCUUCGGUUCCUCCUCCGCCCGGUGACUCGCAGUCGCCACCUCCAGGUGAACUUCCUGAGUUACGUGCAACUGACUUCGUUGGCGCUGCCGAGUCUAACUGACAGCAAGGGCUCUCUGGUGGUGGUGUCCUCGUUGCUAGGCCGCGUGCCCACGUCCUUCUCCAGCCCCUACUCGGCGGCCAAGUUCGCGCUGAAUAGCUUCUUCGGCUCUCUCCGGCGGGAGCUGGACGUGCAGGACGUGCACGUCGCCAUCACCAUGUGCGUCCUGGGCCUCCGGGAUCGCGCCUCGGCCGCCGAGGGAGUCAGGGGCGUCACGAGGGCCAAGGCGGCCCCAGGGCCCAAGGCAGCCCUGGCCGUGAUUCGUGGCAGCGCCACGCGUGCCUCCGGCGUCUUCUACCCGUGGCGCUUCCAUCUGCUCUGCCUGCUUCGCGGCUGGAUGCCACAGCCAAGGGCCUGGUUCAUCCGCCAGGAGCUCAACAUCACGACCCCCGCUGCUGCCUGAGCCCCUGGGCUUAAUGCCCCUUCGUCUUCCCAGAAGAAGAUCCUCCAGCCAAUCGUCCUGGAGCCUGGACACGCACCGAGACACCUCUGAGCGGGUGGCCGAGGGCCAAAAGAAAGUCAUCAAGACAGAAAAGUAAACCUGAGAAAAACUACCAGCCUUGUCAGGGACUUGGAAGGCAAUUACCUCAGUCUUCUC